AUGAAUUAUAAUUAUUUUAUACUAAUCUUAGGAUGCUUGUUAAUUACAAUUUAAGGUAGCAAAUGUAAAAAAGUAAUUAAUUCUGAUGCCAUAUAUGUAUUUGAUGAUUUAUAAGCAAAAGAAUACAAAUAAAUUCUAAACGGUAUUUAUUGAUUGAUGAUUUAGAAACAAGUACAUUAUAUUUUCGAUUUUGUUAACCUAUUCUAAAAUGUCCAGAAUUAGCUGUAAAUACAUUUGCUGUUAUAAUAAACAAUGAAGGAAAAUAAGAACAAUAAUGUAUUUCUUUAAUUGACACAAAUUAAUAUUUUGCAGAUUCAUUUGAACUGAUUGAUAAAGAUGAAUUAAAUAAAGGCGUGUAGGCAGAAUUUAAUAAGUAUUGAUUUAAUAGAAAAAUAGCCCUUUAAAUGGUUUUUUUGUAAAAUAUGUGCUUUAUUGUUCAGAAUAAUAAGAAAAUUUAAAUAUAUUGGAGAUAUCUUAUGAAAAAGAUAAAUAAAAAUAUAUAAUUGAUAUGGAAGCUGAUAAUGGAUGUCAUUUAGUUUUAUUUUCUAAGAUUGUUGAGUUCUUAAAUAAUAAUAAGAAAUUUUUAUCAGCAAUUUUGAUAAUGAUAGGGUUGACAGAAUGCUUAAUGGGUAAGAAAAUCUUAAAGCCGACUCUAUUUAUUUUUGGAUAUUUAUUUGGUUUUUUUUUUGCAUUGUAUAUCUCAAGUGAAUUAGAUUUAGGAGAUAAUCCUUUUUAUUUAUGGAUUGCAAUGAUAAUUGCAGUUUUACUAGGAGCUUUUGUAGGAGGAUUAUCAAUGCAUUUGGAUAAGGUUGGGAUUAUUGCAGUAGGAAUUGGAUUGGGAGUGGUUUUAUCUUUAUUAUUAUGGAAUGCAAUAUUGGUUAAAUUCGUUACUUCAGAAAUUAUAUUAUAUAUAAUAAUGGCAGUGUUAAGUUUUGGGUUUAGUGUUUUAUCUUUUAGAUUAUUUGAUCAUUUAAUAAUUUUUAGUACUAGUUUUUUAGGAGUAUAAAUAUAUUUAUAAAUUUUAUAUAGUCAUACUUAGUAUUUAAAGCAAUUGGAUUAAUUGCUGGAGGAUUUCCUUCAGAAAUUAAAAGUAUGUCAGGUAACUCAGAUUAUAGAUAUUACAUUUACUUCACAUGUAUUAUUAUUUUAGCCUGUUUUGGAAUUUAUUAUUAAUAUAAAUAAUGGGGAUAAAAGAUUAUAACUUAUGAUGAAAUAGUAUCAUCUAUGAUAAAUGGAAACUCACCAGUUGAAGUUAAAGAUCAACUUUUAACUGAUCCAAGAAAUAGUCAAGAUUUAAUAGAACUUAAAGAAAUAUAAAAGGAAUCAGAAUUAAAAGGAUUUUAAUGAAUAAAGGUC